UUAAUCAAAGUUAGCCUUAUUUAGUAUUUCAUCUUUCAUACAAUAACAUGAUUAUACACCAAAUUGAUCAUGGCCGCCGACAUGACGACCAGGCCAGUCAAAGUUAACCUUAUUUGGUAUCCAUCUUUCAGACGAUAACAUAAUUAGAGAAGAACUUGGUCAUGGCGCAGGGCAUGAAGACCAAGCCACUGAUUUAGCUGCAGGUAUUGGACACGAUUCCUGUUUUUAUAUUCUUAUGAUUCUAUUAUACCAACUUUAAUGUUGUUAAACAAUUUUUAGAUGACUACGAGGAUAACCCGGAUGAGGAUUUUGGUGACAAUGAGAUGAAUGCCACAAAAUCAAGGAAAUAUGUUAGCGCGAGGGAGUACUAUGCCUUCAAGCUACAGGUCCGGAAAAAGCUUUUUAACAUCAUCUUGUUUGGGGGGCGCCUUUUCCAACAGUGGGCGGUUGACAUGUACAUCAAGAUUGAGACAAUGAUGCUUGACCGGUACUCAAAGCCAACAAAUCAAAAGGUCAUACGCGCUGACCUCUACCAGGGCCUUGUUGACACCGUCAUCGCUGGCGAGUCACGCGGUGAUCGUAUUGGCAAGAGAAUCGUGCUUCCACGUACCUUUCCUGGUGGUGACCGUGACAUGCAACGCAGGUUCCUAGAUGCAAUGGCAAUAGUUCAACGAUGGGGUAAACCGGAUUAUUUUGUCACGAUGACAUGCAAUCCCUACUGGGAGGAGAUAACUAUUGAAUUGUUGCCUGGACAGCUGCCACAAGACCGUCCAGACCUUGUGGCAAGAGUAUAUAGAGCUAAACAACGAUCCAUGAUGGACUUACUGAUUAAGGGUAAGCAUUUUGGAGAAGUUGCGGCUUAUGUACAUGUCACUAAGUUUCAGAAAUGAGGCCUCCCUCAUGAGCAUAUACUUCUGAUCAUGAAAGCUAAAAGUAAGUUAAGGACCCCGGAUGACUAUGAUCGGGUGAUAUCGGCAGAAAUACCCGACAAAAAUAAAUAUCCUGUUCUCCAUGAUCUGGUGGUCAAACACAUGUUGCAUGGUCCAUGUGGCGCGCUCAAGAAAAGUUGCCCUUGCAUGAUAGAUGGACAA